AACAACAUUAGGCAAAUCAAAAUGUGCGCGAUAUUGCUAGUUCUCUAAAGAAAACCUUGGGUUUCCAUUAAAAUAAACAUUCGAUUCUGUGCUAUGUAUAUUACACUCUACACUGAAUGAAAAAGAAAGAAAAACAAACAAUGGCUUGUCUGCAGGUGGCGAGAACAAAAGCUACUUCACUCAAGCAUUGAAAGGCGUCAAUCAGUUUCGGUGUUUUUAAAAAAUCAACAAGCUCGCGGAAGAAAACACUUAUUAAUACUGCACAAAUAUUUCGACAAGAUUGAUUCUCGAUUCGCCUUUUACGAAAGCAACUCCUUUGGUUCAAGAACAACGCGUGCAAAAUGAUGACUUGUAUGUUUUGGAAAAGAGCCUUCGUCAUUCGCUUCCUGGUGGUUUUGGUAUUGAUGAGUGUCUUUGGUGGAACCAACGCGCUCUAUGUUAUACGGAGUGAUGUUGAUGCCUUCUCUAAUCCUGAUGCCGCGUCUUGCAGCCGCGUCGGUUGCAGACGAGUCCGCGGAGCGAAUGGCUGCAAACGUGGAAACUGUUGCAUGUGCCAGUGUAGCCGCAGUAGGCCGAAUUACCUCAGCCACCGUAAGGCAUGUGUACCAAAUGAUGAACUAAUAGGAGAUUGCGAUUUUUUGCCCCUGUCUUCAGAGAUUGCAGUUGUAGACUUCAGCAAGGCAGGAAUUGUUCUGUUUUAUGGUGACGCUGAUAGAUGCUACAGUGGAUUACGGGUCGCGCAAUGGUCUUAUCGGUUGGAUACACCGAAAAUGAUUAAAGAACAACCGAACAACUUCAUAGUCAAAGGUGGAGGGUCCAGCAGAUGGUAUCUACAGGUACGAAAAAAAUAG